AUGUCAAUAAACCUGUAUUCUAAACUGAAACAAGAAAAUAGUAACAUAAGUUAUAAACUGAUCGAAUUGAAUGAUGAUCUAAUGCAUGUUCUUAAGGACAAAGAUACGUGUAGAGGAUUACGAUUCAAAUCUCUAGAUAAUGAAAAAUCUCAUGUAGUGUUAUGCUCUGAGGACAAGACGUGGCUUGUGAGACAGAAGGACCAUUCCAAUAUGUCCAUGAUCAUGCAUGAAGGCGUUGUAGAUAAUUCUAUGGUGAUUGAUCCAUCGUCAUUGUUUGGUUUGCCUCCACCAAUUACUGACUACAUUGGGUUUGCAAGAACAACUUAUGAAUACGAGACGAUAGAUACAGAGGGGCGUCUACAUCUCGAUUUUGUACCAAUAUACGACGGUGAAAAGGAUUUCUCACCUCCGAAGCAUCAACAGGGGCUUAUCUUUGAGGACUUGUUAAAAAAGUCUCCAUGUUCAAAGGGAGAAGCUCUAGCACAAUGGCAUAGUCUAGGUGGUUCCACGAUAGAGGGGCAAGUUUGUCUCCUGAGCUCACAAUUUAUAAGCAAAGCAUUACAUGUCACACUAAUGAGUGUGUUGGCAGAAUCUAUGAAACUUAACGAAUUGAAGUUGAAAAGUUCAUACGAGGCUGUAAAUAAAGACAUGGACAGCGGAUUCAACCCGUACACCGUAGAAGUUGUCGAAACUGUCUUGAACAAAUUCGGUAGACAGACUGAUAUAACGUCCCAGGAACCUACAUGGGAAUUGAACAAUUCGGCUAUUGCUAAAUGGUAUGGUAUUCAAUCACUUAAAAAAUAUGUUAAUAAGAGUGCUUUACCAAUCGAUGAGUUUAUGUUACAAUGGAGGUCUCAAUUCCCCCCUUUCUUUCCUUGCGAUAUAGACAUGACUAUGCUGAGAGGUCAUUAUUAUCAACCACAAGAAAAACAAAUCCAAUAUUUUGCACGUAACACUUUGUCAAUGGAUCCCAAGGACCGAUUCAAGACAUUAUUCAAGUUGCAAUCCUCCUGGGAUCUCCGGGAUAUCGAGCCGUUCAUUGAAGAACUCAAUGUGAAACACUUAAAGAUCGACUCCUUCAUCAUGAAAUACGCCAGAAGACGUAGGGUAGGUAAACAUUACAUUAUCACCAGCAGAGCUUAA